AUGCUGACCAGUCAAUGGUUUUCAAGGCAAUGGGGAACUUUGCCCUUCCACCACAGGAGUGAUCACAAAACGGGUGAACAAUUUGGCACGCCCAGUGGGACUUCUCAGUAUACAUAUUCUCACAGAAUUCCUCUCAAGUUUAUGAAUAUUGGAAGCUCUAGCCAGAACCCACACCACGCCAUGGAGAUAAACCAGGUGGCUCUCAGGGAAGGAUUGGAGUCAAAGGAAAGUGAUGCUAGGCACUCAGCACACGGCAGCACAGGGAGUAGAAGGUCCAAGACUGGCUCCAGAAGGAUGAACCUGAUUCAGGAAUCUGUGUUGCGACAAGAAGUCACAACACAAAGGAGCUAG